GUAAUCUGAGCGAGGAGCAGCCAUGCGCCGCGAGGGUCGGCAGCACGGCUGGGUCUGCGCGUACGACCGCGCCCUGGUCGACCCGGACGGGAAGCGCCGCGCGCGCGUGGCGGCGCCGGCGACGGUCGCCAACGGCGGCUUCGUCAGGGCACCGCGGAAGCCCACCAACCACUCCAAGUUCACGGGCGGCCGCGCCUUCAGGGAGCUUAUCAGUGGCAAGGGCGUCGCCAGUGGCGGUGGAACGCCGUCGUCGUCGUUGUCGACGGGAGGUAAAGGGAAGUACAAGUUCAAGCACGACGAGCUCAAGGCGUAUUACCUCGAGCUCGAAGACGCCGAUUGUGCCGCCGACGGCCAUCGCUACGACAUGGAUCGGUAGCGGGGGCAGCAAAGGCUGGUAUGCAUCGCCGCCAAGCAGCUGGCACCAUUGAGAGUAGAAUCGGAGCCCUAAUUGACAUUGUCGUGUCUUGUUUUGGUGUGCAUGUGUGAAAUUGUGUGUUUUUUCUGGAAAUGUGAACUGUGCUGUGACGAUGUGGAUUUUAUGUCUUGGUGUUUCGUUUAAUAAUAAUUGAAUUGAACUUUUUGGGCGAAAAUGAGUAUUGGACUGUAGGUGCAUGUCAUCCGUCGAAAAUGGUUUUCUUCCCAAAACUCUAUAUGUAGUAUUAAAUAACUUACGUCCGGUUUUUUCACAUGUUGUUUAUGCGGUGAAUAAGUUUGGUUCCAUAA